AUGGCAGAAUGUACAGGUUACAAGGAAACCUCAAAUCGGCACCUGCGUUUCAAAUUGCAGAGCCUUAGUCGCCGCCUUGAUGAACUGGAGGAAGCAACUAAAAAUCUGCAGAAAGCAGAGGAUGAACUGCUUGACCUCCAGGACAAAGUUAUCCAGGCAGAAGGCAGCAACUCCAGCAUGCUGGCUGACAUUGAAGCCCUGAGGAAAAGGGUGCUGAAGAUUGAAGGCAAGGAUGAAGAAAUUAGGAAGGCUGAAGAGCUUUGCAGAUUAAUGAAAGAGAAACUUGAAGAGGAGGAGAGCCUCACUCGAGAUCUGAAGUCUGAAAUUGAGCUCCUUCAGAGGAGAAUGGCAGAGCUGGAGAAGCUGGAGGAGGCUUUCAGCAGGAGCAAGAAUGACUGUACACAGCUGUGUCUUAGCCUCAAUGAAGAAAAGAACUUGACCAAAAAGAUAUCUACAGAAUUAGAAAUACUUAGAGUGAAAGUGAAAGAACUGGAAUCAUCUGAGGACAGGCUGGAUAAAACUGAGCAGACCUUAACAGCUGAGUUAGAAAAGCUGAAAUCCUUAGCCCUGAGCUUUAUCACAGAAAGAAAACACUUUAAUGAAAGAGAAAAGCAAAAUGAAAAAAUAAUCCAGGAGCUAACACAGAAACUAGAACAAAACAAUAAACUAAAUAGGGCAGAUCAAACUAGAAAUGCAUCCAACUUGCUGGAAAGGUCAUCCAACAAUCUCCUGGACAGAAAUGAUAUGAGAAUUGAAGAUGAUUUGACUUCUGCACUGCCUUCUAAGGAGACCAGGAGGAAGGGAAGUGUGGAUUACCUGAAACACGUAGAAAAUGAAACCAGGAAUAAAUCAGAAAACCAAAAGAAUAAAAACCAGGAAGACAACAAAGUGAAAGAUCUCACCCAAGAAAUCGAGAAACUUAAAACUCAGAUCAAACAUUUUGAAUCUUUAGAAGAAGAACUUAAAAAAGUAAGAGCCAAAAAUAAUGAUCUGCAAGACAGUUACUUAAGUGAGCAGAAUAAAAACAAACUCCUAACAGGUCAGCUAGAAGAAAUAAAAAUGCAAAUAAAGAAACAGAAAGAUAUGGAGAAUGGAGAAGUUGAAAAUGAAGAUACAAGCUUUUCUAGCAGGGGAAAACAUGACAGACCUAAAUACAGAGGUGUCAUGGCUGAUUUGACAGCUGCUAAGCACAAGCCAAGGGAGCUCUCACCGCAGCAGCGCCGGGACAGAGCACGGAACAGAGACUUCUCCCUCAGUAAUGACAGCUACAGCCACACUGGAAAGAGGGUGCCCAGUCCGAGCUUAAUGAACAGAAGAGCAGGGAAAGCUUCUGGUGCAUCUGCCCUUUCAGACACUGCUGUCACAGAUACAAAAAAACUGGAGGAGAAAUCUUUAGUUUCCACUACUUCUGGUCAGAAGGAAGGCUGCAUCAUGCAGAAUGAGGGGAAGAGAUCCAAAGAGCAGCCAUCUGUCCUCAGCCGAUAUCCUCCUGCUGCACAGGAGCAGAAGUCUUGGAAAGCACUUUCCAAACCUGUCAGUGAUACAGGCCUGAGAUCCAAGGCUGAAAAGCCAUCUCAGGUGCUCCGUGGCAGCUGCCAAAAUGGUGCUGACACACGGGAUGAAAAGUCAGGCAAAGGAGAAUCAAUGGGUUCUUUGGCUGAGAAGCUGAAAACAACUCAGGAUGAAGUCAGUGAGUGUUUGAGGGACAUGCAGCUCACAAGGGGUAACUACACCUCUUCCAAUGGCACGGUCUCAGCAUACAGGUACCAGGUAUCCUCCAGUGUGUCAGUCUCAGACUCUGCUGGCUCUAAAGUGGAAGCAGCGAGCAGUUUUGCUGCACCACACAGGCAGUCCUCAGAGGGGAGGGCUAAAAGGGCAGUAAUCUCCCAGGAAAAAGAAGCUGCAGAUACAUCACUUGAAAGUGUGAAGCUUUCGAUGCUAACAAAGCGUUCCCAUCACUCCAGGAGUCAGGAAGACAUUCUGCAGAUUCUCACAGGUCUUGAUAAAGAAGGCACUGAGCAGUCUUCUAAUUCAGCAACAGAUCAUGUAAAUAUGGGAUUAAAAACUGACUCCAAAGCCAUCCAGAGUAACCAGGAAAAACUUAAUUCAGAUGAAGAAUCAGGGAGAGGCAAGAACCCAACCACUCAGUCAGAUCUUGAGACAAGAAAGAAAGUCAGUUCCAAGCAGCUCUCCAAUUCUAGGGGAGUUUUUAGAGCAUCGCUUUUUGAAAAUGACAAAAGAACUGUGGACGAUGAGGACUCUACCAAGUGCAUAAAGCCAUCGGAUGCCAGCACUGGAGGAUUGAAAUCCAGAAGAACCUUCAGCCCUAGAGAAGCUCUGAGAUCAAAAGCCGUCAUUAAGCCUGCAAUUGUUGAGAAGGAUAUGAAGGCAGUCAUGGGAGGGACUGUUUCAGAGGCAGAGUCAGAAAAACAGAAGUCUGCUUUUAAAACGGUAACAAAUAAAAUGUCAAGCAGCAUCACAAUCUUCCCUUCUGAGCCAACAGCUCCAAGGACCACUUCAGAUACAGCAGCAAAGGAAAGGCAUGUUACUACCAGCAACAUCAGAGUUGCUUCAAAUGAGCCUUCACCAUCAAUGUCACCAAACAAUGUCCCUUCACCCUUUGAGAUUUCGAUUAACAGAAGUGCUCUGAAGUCAUCUGAGACAGACAGAAGUGGAGAGGCAGCACCGAGAAGUAAAGCUGAAACAGUGGUCUCAAGAAGCAGCAUUAUGCUAAAGACUUCUGAACUCAUGGAGAGGACCAGUGAGACACCUCUGGAGACAAUGAGCUGGAAGAGCCAUGGCUCGUCAGAUGCAGGUUCAUCCGAAACAAAGCAUGUCACUGUGAGGAGUUCCUGGAGAACAAGACAAGGCCUCUAUUCCCUGGAGGACUCUCAAACCAAAGUGGAGAAAAGUGCAACUUUCAGCAUCACAAACUUGCGUAGGUCCUCAGUGGAUCUUUUAGAAGGGGAAGGGAAUAGUUCAAAAACAGACUCCCUGGAGCAGACUUCAUCAAGGACGAGUGCCACAGCUAAUUCUUGGAGUGCCCCCGACCCUGUACUUGGGUCCCGAAGGACCAAAAGUAACUUAAGUGCAUCUGAGCUGCUGACGUGCAGGAGCUAUGCAAGUGAUUCUACAGCAGCUGCUGCUUGGCAGCGGACCACACUACCUGAUGAAAGCAAGGAUUUUGUGUCCAGUUCCAGAAGGAAGCAGUAUGGCUCUUCUGAGUACCUGCUACAGGCUGACACUCUGGGGAAAAGGACAGCCACCAAGGUGGAGCUGCAGGACCCUGAAUCCAGCUCCCCUGCACCAGCAGGGCUCCAAGGAGAGGAGCAGAGUGCUGCCCGGGCCUGCCGGACAUCUCGGAGAUGA